AUGGGUCAAAGUAAAACAAAGUUGAACAUCAUUACGUGUGGCCUUGACAACAGCGGCAAGACGUCGAUCAUUAAUCGGCUCAAGCCGGCCUCCGUCCAGACUGAGCACAUCACCGCCACGAUAGGCUACAACGUAGAUGUGCUUGAAAGGGGGGACGUGAGGUUCACCGUGUUUGACAUGGGUGGGGCGAAAAAGUUCCGCGGCCUGUGGGAGAGCUACUAUGAGAACAUCAACGGCGUCAUCUUUGUUCUGGACAGCAGCGACGAGCUCCGACUGUGUGUGGCUAAGGAGGAGAUUGAGUUGAUGCUGCAGCACCCGGACAUUGCUAGGGAGUUACCCGGUGGGAACGGAGCGAAAAUUCCAUUUUUGUUUUAUGCGAACAAGAUGGAUUUGCCAAAUGCCAAGGCGGUGACGGAUUUGGUGGACAUCCUCGACCUUGCGACACUCAUGGGGGAUCGACCGUUUAAUAUUUUUGCCUCCAACGCAUUGAAGGGGAAGGGCAUUAGUGAGGGUAUCAACUGGCUCCAGAACACAUUGGUGCGGCAGAAACAGGCGCGCCGUGGGGCGAAGCGAGGGUAUUGA